AUGUUGCGGGUGUGUGAGAAACUCUGUAAGGCGGACGAGAAGGGCAGGAGGUACGGACUAGCCCGGGCGGAGACAGGCUACCUCCGUGCCCUAUUGGACGCCAUGGCCGACACGGACAGGCUGGCGGAAGUGGAGCUGCUCAAAACUCUGGGCGACGUGAACGUGGAGAAGGGAAGGCUCGGGAAGGACGUGGGGAAAUUCAACACAGCCUUGGCGCUUUAUCAGGCUGCUAAGGUACGGUGUUACCAUGAAGAACAGGCAGAUGAGGUCAACACGUGCGCAAAAACAAGACGUGAGAGGACGGAAGGGCCACUUCUCUCUCUUCUCAGCUUCGCCCUCUAGCGACGGAAUCACGUGUACCAGACAAAUUGGCGACGACAUUUCCUACCGCAGGUACAUCCAGACGGCAGACCGUGACGUGAGUAAUUGGGAUCUGGACGCAGCAGAGCAGAACCUAGCAGCUGCCUU